AUGGCUUCGGAUCAAGAGCGCGAGCACGCGCUUGCCUCCUUCAAGCAAAAGCUGAUCGAGUCGCGGGAAUGGGAGACAAAACUCAAGAACCUCCGGUUGGAGAUCAAGGGCUUGCAAAAAGAGUUCGACCAAACAGAAGACAACAUCAAAGCGUUACAAAGCGUCGGGCAGAUCAUCGGCGAGGUGUUGAAGCAGCUGGACGAUGAGCGAUUUAUCGUGAAAGCGUCGUCCGGGCCACGCUACGUGGUCGGGUGCCGGUCCAAGGUGGACAAGGCCAAGAUGAAGCAAGGGACACGCGUGGCGCUCGACAUGACAACACUCACGAUUAUGCGCAUGCUGCCUCGCGAGGUUGAUCCGCUGGUCUACAACAUGUCGCUCGAGGACCCCGGUCAAGUCAGCUUUGCCGGUAUCGGUGGGCUAAACGACCAGAUCCGCGAGCUCAGAGAGGUCAUCGAGUUGCCGCUCAAGAACCCGGAACUGUUCUUGCGCGUGGGGAUCAAACCACCCAAGGGUGUCCUGCUCUAUGGGCCGCCCGGCACAGGCAAGACGCUGCUCGCCAGGGCAGUCGCAAGUAGUCUGGAGACCAACUUCUUGAAGGUUGUCUCUUCGGCCAUCGUCGACAAGUACAUUGGCGAGUCCGCGCGGCUGAUCCGCGAAAUGUUCGGCUAUGCCAAAGAGCACGAACCGUGUAUCAUCUUCAUGGACGAAAUCGAUGCCAUCGGCGGCCGGCGUUUCAGUGAAGGCACGAGUGCAGACCGUGAAAUCCAGCGGACGCUCAUGGAACUGCUCAAUCAGCUUGAUGGUUUCGACUACCUGGGCAAGACCAAGAUCAUCAUGGCCACCAACCGGCCCGAUACCCUCGACCCCGCGCUGUUGCGUGCCGGCCGUCUUGAUCGCAAGAUUGAGAUCCCGCUCCCGAACGAGGUUGGCCGUCUUGAGAUCCUCAAGAUCCACGCCGCGGGUGUGUCCAAGGACGGCGAGAUUGACUUUGAGAGUGUGGUCAAGAUGAGCGAUGGGUUGAACGGGGCGGAUUUGCGAAACGUGGUGACCGAGGCUGGUCUGUUCGCCAUCAAGGACGACAGAGAUGCCAUCAACCAGGACGAUUUCAACAAGGCGGUGCGGAAGCUCGUCGAGGCCAAGAAGUUGGAGGGCAAGCUGGAAUACCAGAAACUAUAA